AUGGCGGGACAUUCUGAAGAAGUUUGUUAUGGACAGCUGGGUUGUUUUACUAACGACCCACCACACGACAAUGUUAAAAUGCUUCCGGACACACCGGACGACAUUGAUACUGUGUUUGUGCUCUAUACUAGACUGAACCCAGAUGAAGGACACAUUAUAAACCGAGAAGAUCCAGGCACUUUUAUUGACUCCCAUUUUAACCCGUCACAGCAAACUGUCUUCCAGAUUCAUGGAUGGAAAUCCUCUGGCAAAAAAUCAUGGAAUGCUGACAUGAAGAACGAGUUUCUGAAAUAUGGUGACAUGAAUGUUAUUGUGGUCGACUGGGAGAAAGGGUCGGCCGGUUUUUACCCACAAUGCGUUGCUAACUCAGAAGUGGUCGGCGCCGAGAUCGACGCGCUAUUAAAUGCGUUGACGAUGUAUAUGGGUCUGGAUGUAAAAGAUGUAUAUUUGGUUGGACAUAGUUUGGGUGCUCAUGUUGCCGGGUAUGCUGGUGAAAGGAACCCCGCGAUUGGGAGAAUUACUGGUCUAGACGCUGCUGCUCCGUUAUUCGAGGGCGAAGACUCAGCUGUUCGUCUCGAUCCAUCUGAUGCGCAAUUCGUUGACGUCAUCCACAGUGCUGCUGGCCAUAGUUUGACAAAUUUAGGAAUUGGCAUGAAGGGGGAGGAGAGGGACACGUGUAAUAGUGGUCAUGUGGACUUCUACCCCAACGGUGGAUCAGAACAGCCAGGUUGUCUUUUACCGAUAGCAGGAGAUGUAUGUGACCAUAAACGUGGCAGGACUUACUUCAUAGAAUCGAUCAACCAGUGUCCUUUUACAUCUUACCCGUGUGAGCUUGGGCAAUGGGAAGGCUGUGAUACGUGUGGAGCCAUUGGUUGUUCAUACAUGGGUUUCCAUGCAAAGGAAAGUGAUGCCCGAGGUGUUUUCUAUUUGGAAACAAACAGCGAAUCACCGUACUGCCAGGGUUGA